AUGCCAUUCAAAUCAGGGCCAGACAAAUGUGUAUCUGAAUGUAUUUGUCCUGAAGGGAAAGCUGAAGAUGAUGACGGAAACUGUGUUUCCCCUGAAACUUGCCCUUGUUUAUUAGAAGGAAUCAGUUAUCCCAAAGGAAAAGUUAUUGAAGAUAAUUGCAAAAAAUGCACUUGCCAAGGUGGAAUGUGGCAAUGUACUGAGAAGCCAUGUUCAAAGACCUGUCAAGUUUAUGGUGAAGGUCACUACAUAACUUUUGAUGAUUUGCGAUUCAAGUUUGAUGGCAAUUGUGAAUAUAUAUUAGUAGGGGACCACUGCAAUGGAAAAGAUGGAACAUUCCAAAUACUUAUAGAAAGUGUUCCUUGUUGUGAAAAUGGAGUGACAUGCGAAAGAAAGGUUAAAAUUAUUCAUCAGGGUGAAGUAUUAAUUUUGGAAGAAGGAAAAGUAAAAGAGUCCUUUGAAAAUUCCAGUUCACGUUGCCUUGAUUCCUAUUCAGUUCACACCAUUGGCCUUUAUUUAAGCAUUACAUUUCCCAAUGGAAUCAAUGUGAUAUGGGACAAACACACAAGGCUUUCAGUCACACUGGAUCGACACUGGAAGGGCAAAGUGUGUGGUCUCUGUGGAAACUUCAAUGGUAAGACUGAUGAUGACCAAAGAACAAAAUCCAACUUUGAAGCAAGUAAUCCCAUUGAGUUUGGAAACAGUUGGAAAACUACAGAAUCAUGUCCCAGUUCACUGGAUCAAAGUUUUCCUUGUGAGGAUAAUCCAUUUUGUGCUGCGUGGGCAGGAAAAAAAUGUUCCAUUAUUAAAAAUGCAGAUGGAAUCUUUCAACAAUGUCACAAUAAGGUUGACCCUGACCCAUACUAUGAAGCUUGUCUUGAAGAAGCGUGUGCCUGUGAUAAGGAGGGGAAGUAUCUGGGAUUCUGUACUGCUGUAGCAGUGUAUGCAGAGGCUUGCAAUCAAGUUGAUGUUUGUGUUCGCUGGAGAACACCUGAACGAUGUCCUGUAUACUGUGACUAUUAUAAUGGCGGCAAUGAAUGCACCUGGCACUACCAACCAUGUGGAACAUUAACAGUUAAAACAUGUUCUGAUCAUUCAAUUCGAAAAAAACUUUCUGCAGUUCUUGAAGGCUGCUAUCCAAAGUGCCCAGAGACUGCUCCUUAUCUGGAUGAAAAUAACAUGAAAUGUGUCAAGCAAGAAGAGUGUACCUGCUACUUCAACGGUCAAAUAUAUAAUGCAAAUGAUACCAUAAUUGAUUGUCGACACUGCAAAUGCACCAAAGGAAAGGUUGAAUGUGAAACUACGACGACGACGACGACAACGACAACAACGGCAUCAACAACACCAACCACAACACCAACACCAACUCCAACAACAACAUCAACAUCAACCACAACAACAACAACCACAACAUCAACCACAACACCAACAACAACACCAACCACAACACCAACAACAACAACACCAACCACAACAUCAACAACAAUAACAUCAACAACUCCAACAACAUCAGCAUCAACCACAACAUCAACAGUAACAACAACACUGACCACAACACCAACAACAACACCAACCACAACACCAACAACAACACCAACCACAACACCAACCACAACACCAACAACAACAACACCAACCACAACACCAAUUCCUUGUGCGGGUUAUUGGUCAUCUUGGAAAAAUAGCAAUGAACCCAAUGCAACAAACAGAGGAGAUCAUGAAUCACCAGAGGGUCUCUGUAAUCCCAGUGACAGACCUAGUAAUAUACAAUGUCAAUCUGUUAGAUCCCCAAACAAACCAAUCUCUGAAACAAGUAACGAUGUGAAAUGUGGCUUGCCUGAAGGACUUACAUGCAUUCCAUCAUCCGAUGAACUCAUGUGCUCUGACUAUGAAAUUAGAGUAUGUUGUGUCCUUUUCAGUACAACGUCAACAACCACAACUCCAACCACCAGCUCAACAACUAUUUCAACCACAACUCCAACCAUCAGCUCAACAACUAUUUCAACCACAACACCAACAGCAACACCAACAACAACAACACCAACCACAACACCAAUUCCUUGUGCGGGUUAUUGGUCAUCUUGGAAAAAUAGCAAUGAACCCAAUGCAACAAACAGAGGAGAUCAUGAAUCACCAGAGGGUCUCUGUAAUCCCAGUGACAGACCUAGUAAUAUACAAUGUCAAUCUGUUAGAUCCCCAAACAAAUCAAUCUCUGAAACAAGUAACGAUGUGAAAUGUGGCUUGCCUGAAGGACUUACAUGCAUUCCAUCAUCCGAUGAACUCAUGUGCUCUGACUAUGAAAUUAGAGUAUGUUGUGUCCUUUUCAGUACAACGUCAACAACCACAACUCCAACCACCAGCUCAACAACUAUUUCAACCACAACUCCAACCAUCAGCUCAACAACUAUUUCAACCACAACACCAACCAUCAGCUCAACAACUAUUUCAACCACAACUCCAACCAUCAGCUCAACAACUAUUUCAACCACAACUCCAACCAUCAGCUCAACAACUAUUUCAACCACAACACCAACAGCAACACCAACAACAACAACACCAACCACAACACCAAUUCCUUGUGCGGGUUAUUGGUCAUCUUGGAAAAAUAGCAAUGAACCCAAUGCAACAAACAGAGGAGAUCAUGAAUCACCAGAGGGUCUCUGUAAUCCCAGUGACAGACCUAGUAAUAUACAAUGUCAAUCUGUUAGAUCCCCAAACAAACCAAUCUCUGAAACAAGUAACGAUGUGAAAUGUGGCUUGCCUGAAGGACUUACAUGCAUUCCAUCAUCCGAUGAACUCAUGUGCUCUGACUAUGAAAUUAGAGUAUGUUGUGUCCUUUUCAGUACAACGUCAACAACCACAACUCCAACCACCAGCUCAACAACUAUUUCAACCACAACUCCAACCAUCAGCUCAACAACUAUUUCAACCACAACACCAACAGCAACACCAACAACAACAACACCAACCACAACACCAAUUCCUUGUGCGGGUUAUUGGUCAUCUUGGAAAAAUAGCAAUGAACCCAAUGCAACAAACAGAGGAGAUCAUGAAUCACCAGAGGGUCUCUGUAAUCCCAGCGACAGACCUAGUAAUAUACAAUGUCAAUCUGUUAGAUCCCCAAACAAAUCAAUCUCUGAAACAAGUAACGAUGUGAAAUGUGGCUUGCCUGAAGGACUUACAUGCAUUCCAUCAUCCGAUGAACUCAUGUGCUCUGACUAUGAAAUUAGAGUAUGUUGUGUCCUUUUCAGUACAACGUCAACAACCACAACUCCAACCACCAGCUCAACAACUAUUUCAACCACAACUCCAACCAUCAGCUCAACAACUAUUUCAACCACAACUCCAACCAUCAGCUCAACAACUAUUACAACCACAACACCAACAGCAACACCAACAACAACAACACCAACCACAACACCAAUUCCUUGUGCGGGUUAUUGGUCAUCUUGGAAAAAUAGCAAUGAACCCAAUGCAACAAACAGAGGAGAUCAUGAAUCACCAGAGGGUCUCUGUAAUCCCAGUGACAGACCUAGUAAUAUACAAUGUCAAUCUGUUAGAUCCCCAAACAAACCAAUCUCUGAAACAAGUAACGAUGUGAAAUGUGGCUUGCCUGAAGGACUUACAUGCAUUCCAUCAUCCGAUGAACUCAUGUGCUCUGACUAUGAAAUUAGAGUAUGUUGUGUCCUUUUCAGUACAACGUCAACAACCACAACUCCAACCACCAGCUCAACAACUAUUUCAACCACAACUCCAACCAUCAGCUCAACAACUAUUUCAACCACAACACCAACAGCAACACCAACAACAACAACACCAACCACAACACCAAUUCCUUGUGCGGGUUAUUGGUCAUCUUGGAAAAAUAGCAAUGAACCCAAUGCAACAAACAGAGGAGAUCAUGAAUCACCAGAGGGUCUCUGUAAUCCCAGUGACAGACCUAGUAAUAUACAAUGUCAAUCUGUUAGAUCCCCAAACAAAUCAAUCUCUGAAACAAGUAACGAUGUGAAAUGUGGCUUGCCUGAAGGACUUACAUGCAUUCCAUCAUCCGAUGAACUCAUGUGCUCUGACUAUGAAAUUAGAGUAUGUUGUGUCCUUUUCAGUACAACGUCAACAACCACAACUCCAACCACCAGCUCAACAACUAUUUCAACCACAACUCCAACCAUCAGCUCAACAACUAUUUCAACCACAACACCAACCAUCAGCUCAACAACUAUUUCAACCACAACUCCAACCAUCAGCUCAACAACUAUUUCAACCACAACUCCAACCAUCAGCUCAACAACUAUUUCAACCACAACUCCAACCAUCAGCUCAACAACUAUUUCAACCACAACACCAACAGCAACACCAACAACAACAACACCAACCACAACACCAAUUCCUUGUGCGGGUUAUUGGUCAUCUUGGAAAAAUAGCAAUGAACCCAAUGCAACAAACAGAGGAGAUCAUGAAUCACCAGAGGGUCUCUGUAAUCCCAGUGACAGACCUAGUAAUAUACAAUGUCAAUCUGUUAGAUCCCCAAACAAACCAAUCUCUGAAACAAGUAACGAUGUGAAAUGUGGCUUGCCUGAAGGACUUACAUGCAUUCCAUCAUCCGAUGAACUCAUGUGCUCUGACUAUGAAAUUAGAGUAUGUUGUGUCCUUUUCAGUACAACGUCAACAACCACAACUCCAACCACCAGCUCAACAACUAUUUCAACCACAACUCCAACCAUCAGCUCAACAACUAUUUCAACCACAACACCAACAGCAACACCAACAACAACAACACCAACCACAACACCAAUUCCUUGUGCGGGUUAUUGGUCAUCUUGGAAAAAUAGCAAUGAACCCAAUGCAACAAACAGAGGAGAUCAUGAAUCACCAGAGGGUCUCUGUAAUCCCAGUGACAGACCUAGUAAUAUACAAUGUCAAUCUGUUAGAUCCCCAAACAAACCAAUCUCUGAAACAAGUAACGAUGUGAAAUGUGGCUUGCCUGAAGGACUUACAUGCAUUCCAUCAUCCGAUGAACUCAUGUGCUCUGACUAUGAAAUUAGAGUAUGUUGUGUCCUUUUCAGUACAACGUCAACAACCACAACUCCAACCACCAGCUCAACAACUAUUUCAACCACAACUCCAACCAUCAGCUCAACAACUAUUUCAACCACAACACCAACAGCAACACCAACAACAACAACACCAACCACAACACCAAUUCCUUGUGCGGGUUAUUGGUCAUCUUGGAAAAAUAGCAAUGAACCCAAUGCAACAAACAGAGGAGAUCAUGAAUCACCAGAGGGUCUCUGUAAUCCCAGUGACAGACCUAGUAAUAUACAAUGUCAAUCUGUUAGAUCCCCAAACAAACCAAUCUCUGAAACAAGUAACGAUGUGAAAUGUGGCUUGCCUGAAGGACUUACAUGCAUUCCAUCAUCCGAUGAACUCAUGUGCUCUGACUAUGAAAUUAGAGUAUGUUGUGUCCUUUUCAGUACAACGUCAACAACAACAACUCCAACCAUCAGCUCAACAACUAUUUCAACCACAACUCCAACCAUCAGCUCAACAACUAUUUCAACCACAACUCCAACCAUCAGCUCAACAACUAUUUCAACCACAACACCAACAGCAACACCAACAACAACAACACCAACCACAACACCAAUUCCUUGUGCGGGUUAUUGGUCAUCUUGGAAAAAUAGCAAUGAACCCAAUGCAACAAACAGAGGAGAUCAUGAAUCACCAGAGGGUCUCUGUAAUCCCAGUGACAGACCUAGUAAUAUACAAUGUCAAUCUGUUAGAUCCCCAAACAAACCAAUCUCUGAAACAAGUAACAAUGUGAAAUGUGGCUUGCCUGAAGGACUUACAUGCAUUCCAUCAUCCGAUGAACUCAUGUGCUCUGACUAUGAAAUUAGAGUAUGUUGUGUCCUUUUCAGUACAACGUCAACAACCACAACUCCAACCAUCAGCUCAACAACUAUUUCAACCACAACUCCAACCAUCAGCUCAACAACUAUUUCAACCACAACUCCAACCAUCAGCUCAACAACUAUUUCAACCACAACACCAACAGCAACACCAACAACAACAACACCAACCACAACACCAAUUCCUUGUGCGGGUUAUUGGUCAUCUUGGAAAAAUAGCAAUGAACCCAAUGCAACAAACAGAGGAGAUCAUGAAUCACCAGAGGGUCUCUGUAAUCCCAGUGACAGACCUAGUAAUAUACAAUGUCAAUCUGUUAGAUCCCCAAACAAACCAAUCUCUGAAACAAGUAAUGAUGUGAAAUGUGGCUUGCCUGAAGGACUUACAUGCAUUCCAUCAUCCGAUGAAUUCCUGUGCCCUGACUAUGAAAUUAGAGUAUGUUGUGUCCUUUUCAGUACAACAUCAACAACCACAACUCCAAUCAUCAGCUCAACAACUAUUUCAACCACAACUCCAACAACUUCCCCAACAACUACAACAAUCACCACAACUGUUUCAACAACACCAACAACCACAACAACUACAACUCCAACAACCACCUCAGCAACUGUUUCAACCUCAACACUAUCAACCACCCCAACGAGCAUCUCAGCAACCACCCCAACAAUCCCUUGUGUCUGUUCCGUGAACCAAGAACAGCAGUGCACUGGGACCUGGACUGAAGACUGUACUAUCAAAAGAUGUGACAAUGGAACAACUGUAACUGUUAAACGAUGUGGAAAUGAAAAGCCUAAAUGUGGAAACAAUUUAACACCCAUUGAAGUAAUAAAUGAAUGUGGCUGCCCAGGCUGGGAAUGUGGAUGUGAAUGCAAGGUGUAUGGUGACCCUCAUUAUAUAACCUUCAAUCAGCUAUCUUAUGAUUUUUACAAGGAUUGCACCUAUAUUCUUAUGGAAGAACAGAAACCAAAACACAACUUGCGUGUUCUAGUAGACAAUUACUUCUGCUUUCCUUAUGUACCUUUUUCCUGUCCAAAAGGAUUAAUCAUUUUUUACAAUAAAGUUCAUCUCACCAUUUCAACCCAUGAUGGCAAUGUGUUAACGAUUGGUGGAAUUAAAACAGGAAUUCCCUACAGAAGUGAUGGAAUAAUGAUAAAUGAAAUGUCUAAUGGCGGUGUAAAGAUUUACUUCACUGCUAUUCAAACAACAAUUAUUGCUCGGCGGUUUCAUUUUAAGAUAAGUGUUCCAGGACAACACUUCUUUGAAAAUACCCAAGGACAGUGUGGCACCUGUACAGAUGUUCCUGAUGAUGACUGCACGAGACCAAAUGGGACAAAGGAGGCUACUGACUGCUGUCCCAUCACAGCAUUAGAUUGGAAAUAUGAUGACCCCAACAAGCCACAGUGUAAAACAGCUCGUACAGAUGAAAGUUGCAUUAAACCCACAGCCACACCAACACCCUGCAGUCCCCCUGAGACCUUUUGUGAGACCAUUUCAAAAAAUAUAUUUAAAGAUUGCACAGAAGACCAGCUUAAGCCUUAUUAUCACAGUUGUGUAACGGACUAUUGUCUAACAAAAAAUGCAAGUAUUGUCUGCGCCUCCAUAGAAGCUGCUGCUGAAAGUUGUAACAAAGACACAUGUGUUGACUGGAGAUCCAGUUUAGAUAUUUGCAAAAUGGAAUGCAAGGAAAAUUUUGUUUACAAGGCUUGUGUCCAGAAAUCUGAUGAUUAUUGUGAGGAUAAUGCAAUAAUAAGCGGAGAAGAUCUACUUUCUUAUGAAGAAGGCUGUUACUGCCCAACUGGAAUGAUGAGAUCUGAAGACAAGACGAAAUGUGUUUCAUCAUGUUGUCGGGACAAGGAUGGAAACCAAAGACCGUUAAAUAACGUAUGGAAGGAUGAGAAUGAUAAUUGCAUUUUCCACAAUUGCACUAGAUGGGGCAUUUUAACAACUAAAAAGACAUGUCCCUCCAAGGUUCCUUGCAAAGAGUCUGACAAGAGAUGGGAUGACGACCACUGCUGCUACACGUGUCCUUCAGAUACAUGUAAGCAGAUAGCUAAAGCAACCACCAUCACGAAAGUAAUCAACGGUACAACCUAUACAGCAGAAGUUGAAAUGAAUAUCUGUCAAGGGAAUUGCCCUGGCAUAACUGAAUAUAACCCUAAGACAGACAAAAUUGACCAUCAAUGUGAGUGCUGUCAAGAAACACAGACGGAAACAAAGAGCGUGGACCUGAGUGCUCAAAAUGGUGCAUCAACAAUUUCAUACAGUUACCUCCAUAUUAAGUCUUGUGACUGUAAGAAGACCAUCUGCCCUCAGCCGGCUACUUUUUAAACAACUUUUCUAGAUGAUGAAGCCUAAUACUAAGCCCAAUUCUCUUUUCCCUUCUGAUAAAAAAAAGUAUUAUUCAUUGCAUUUAGCCAAUCACAUUAUGUUUAGAAAGAAUUGCUUCUAAUUGAUUUCUAAAUUUAGAGAAAAAUAAAUGUAACAUCAGCUACAUUGCUGCA